AGAGAUUAUUCCGAAGCAAUAACGAAGUCAUUCAAAGAGACUAACAAUUCUUCAAUUAACCCAAAUUUCGAGUACAUGGGCCUGGCUUGGUUUAAACAUCCUAUGAGGAAAGAAGCUACGGCCCAAUUCAAGCUAAUCGGCCGGUUCGGCUAAGGCCACUAGUACAACAGUGCAGCUUCUGGUUCACCAAUAUCAGGCCACAUGACAGCAUGAAUGUUAUGAUACAUGUAACUAUGUAACAUACGUUCCUUUAGUUAGCAGCAACAAAGAUUCUCUGAUUUUCUGAUCUCUUUAAAAAGCAUUAGCACUUGGAUUCAACUAUGGAUUGUAUGGAAAAGGUUUCAGGAAUCUGUAGGUAGGUUAAUCUAAGAAGACAUACUCUAUUUAGGUAACACAAAAUAUUCUAUGCGGUCCAUCUAAGGCAAAAAAAAUUAUGCUACUUAUGGUUAAGAAAUUGUUCAGAUAUUCUAAGAGCGCGAUCCAUGAGUUGUGUUGUUGUAGUUGUAGUCCAAGAAAAAUGUCAUCGUCUUUUAAGGUGUUACAAAGUUUAGGCAAAAAAGUUUGGAGGAACAAAGGUGAUGCGAUAGAGGAUAUCCAUGAUCCUAAUGAUGAUCAAGCUGUUCAAAAGUUACGCGAAGCACUGCUUCAGGAUCAGGGUGGGCAGGAAGCACAGCCUGUGGCAGAUAGGAAGCCAUAUGAUUAUCAUACUCUAUUGAGGUUUUUGCACACAAAAGACUAUGAUAUCUCGAAAGCCAAAGAAUCAUUUCUCAAUCAUCUGAAAUGGAGGGAGGAGUUUGGGGUUGACGCGAUUGCUAAAGAGUUUAAGUUUGAGGAAUACAAAGAGGUUCAAAAGUUUUAUCCUCAUGGUUAUCAUGGCGUGGAUAGAAGUGGGAGGCCAGUGUAUAUUGAGAGGAUGGGGAUGUUAGACCUUGAGGGACUUCUUCAGAGAACAACUCUUGAUAGGCUGGUGAAGCAUCAUGUGUACGAGCAGGAAAAAACAGCGCGAUUGAGGUACCCUGCUUGUACAGUUGCUGCAGGGAAGCGAAUUGGUUCUACCACGGCUAUUCUAGAUGUGAAGGGGAUUGGAAUCUCAAGCUUCUCCAAACAAGCAAGAUAUCUGUUCUUGGAGUUUCAAAAGAUUGACAGCAAUUACUACCCGGAUACUCUGAACAGCCUUUACAUUGUCAAUGCAGGGUCUGGUUUUCGCGCUCUUUGGAAGGCCUUGAAGACUUUUCUUGAUGCACAUACUGCUGCAAAGAUACAGGUUUUAGGGACUAACUUCAGAAGUAAACUCGUUGAGGCUAUCGAUCCAAGUAACUUGCCAAGUUUCCUUGGUGGAGAAUGCUUGUGUUCUGAUCACGGUGGAUGUAUGUUAAGCGAUAAAGGACCAUGGAAUGAUCCGGAUAUUUUACAGCUGCUUAAGUCAAAUAAGAUUGAAGAGUAUUAUGAUGAUACAAUGAAUGUGGAACAAACUUGGUUGAGUGCUCAAAGCACACCAGAUUACAAAUGCAGGCAAUUCACAAAGGAAGAAGACAACGUACCAUUGUCAGAAACAAUAAAACAGCUGCAAAUCACAGCAGAUGAAGCAGAGAAAAGAUUUCGCACUAUGGAAGCAGCACUUGGAGAGACUAAACAGGUGUUGCAUAGGUUUUCAGAACAGCUAAAAGGUUUGCAGAUGAAGCUGGUAAACGCUGCAGAGCCGAAGACAAGUUAAUUUACAUUUAGGUGACUCCUACAUGUUUAACUAGUCAAAGCCUUAAUUCCAAUACGAAGGAUUCAUUCAUUAGUAAAAAACUUCUUAGUACUAGCGAGUUUAGAAUAUGGUGUAAUUGGUUUUCCAGACACCAAAAUGUCAUAAACGACAAUAAAUGUGUAUACACAACAUUGUUUAAGAAUAACAGAUUUUAAAAUUACUACUUCGUACAUCCUAGUUUCUGUAACCCUUCUUGCAGUUAAUCAUAACAAAGUUCAGAU